UUCAAAAUGACCCUUAGUCCUAAAGUCAAGUCGUGACAAAGCCUCCAACCCAUUCUGCUUUUCCUUCCUCUUGUUGUUGUUGCUCAUUGAAUUGUUUCUAGCUUAAUGGACGCAUCUGUUUUCUCAUUCACACCUGUCCAAAUGAAGGAUAUUUUAUAUUGUCUGCUGUGUGAUUUAAAAUGUAAAUAAGUAUGUUUAGAAACAUAAUGGAAAUCUUUGCAUGAAUUAUUCUGAUUUUUAUAGCUGCCUGACUGCUGCACAGAUUGGAGAACACAUUUAUCAUAGAACUUACCUUGCUGUUGAAGCAGGUUGCUCAGGUUCUCGGAAUAUUAACGGGUUGGUUUGGCUGGAGGAAAACUUUAAAUUCAGAUGCAGCUUGCCAGCAUAUUAAUCAAUGUCGUCAGUCAGUUUCCCUGUCCUUCUUCCUCCCCUCUCCUUUUUUUCUCCCUAUAGUGGUAUCUUAUUAUAAAUUGUCAUGGUAACUAAAUUUCUCAAGGAAACUGGUUUUUCCAAGUCAGUGGAUUUAUGGAGCCCCUUCUACCGAAAUGCUUUUUGCCAGGAUACGAAUGUUCAGUUAGCUCAUUUGCAGGUUCAGCUCACCUGAGAACUCGUGGUACUUUGCAAGGGCCACUGCUUAUGAUGGCUGACAGGUCAAGUCAAAUUGGAGUGGUGUUCAACUCCUUUGUCUCAUUAUAUUGGAGAAAUGGUUUUCCUUUUCCGAGUAGAGGAUAAAUUGAGGUGAAAGUGAUGGUCCAGCUGUAUUCGAGCAAGCUGCCACAAGUUCAUCUUCACAUAAGCUAUGCCUUUCAGGGUAACAAGUCUCAAAGGAGACUCAGACUUUGGGAGUGGGAGAUACCUGCCUUGUCUGUAUUUUUGUUUUGGAAAAAACUCCUUAUAUUUUACACUUUCUUAGCUACUUAAUUUGUUAAAAUGUAUAUAAAAACAUGUGCAAUAGACUUAAAAAUACUAACAUGACAAAAAUUAUGUGAUUAGAAUCUAAAGCUUGAGAGUCUCUUAGAUGCAGAGCUUCAACAAGAAAUGCAAAAGUGCACAUUGAGUCAGCAGCAUAGUUCAGCCCUCAAGUGCAGGGUUUUCUGUUUAUCUUUCUGUUUUCCACUUUUCCUUCAAAUUGCCAGUGUAGGAGAUUGAAGGACAUGAACUAUUUGUCCCCACUAAAGUCCCAGCCAGAAAUGAGUCCCUCAUUCUAGCAGUGUGUUGGGAAAUGAACACCCAACAAUCUUGGGGUCCUUUCACACUACAUAGGUUUGAUUUCAAUAGUGUUCUAUGGGAUCCAGGGAUUUGGAAUUUAGGGAGAAGUAUUUAGAAAUUCCAGCAGGGAGGUCUACAAACUCCAUGAUUGCAUUGGAUGCAGCGAUGAGAAUUAAACUACAAUAACUGUGUCAUAUGGAGUCUCCUUCUAUGAACUUUUUAAGGCAGAGGCUGCUUGGCCAUAUCUCAGGAAUACUUUGAUUCUGUAUUCCUGCAUGGCAGGAGUUUGGGCUGGAUGGCCCUGGUGGUUUCUUAUAUGAACUCUAUAUGAUUCUAUGAACUCCUUUGUUUAAGGCAAGAACUAAACAGCAAAGGCAAUGUACCUACAUCUUCAGUUGUUAGAAGCUGCAACAGCACAAGAUGUAGCAGCAUUCUUUUGAAGGAAUAUGUGAGGGAAAGCUGAAUUGGGAAUUGUACAAUAGUUGCUUUUUUUGGAACCAAUGCUCAGUAAAAAUAGCUCCUUACCACUUAAAUUAUGUUGGUACACUUUUAUCUCGACUAUAUAGCUGGGAGAAAAAAAGAAGGCAGGUUCUUUCUGAUCAUUGUCUGGGGUGAAAAACCCUAUUAAAGGGGAAAAACCAUGAAUAAAAUACAAAAAAAUAAUAAUAAUAAUCUGAGGAACACCUCUCUAUGAAGUUCUAGAUCAUUGAGUAUGACUCUGGUCUAGUUCCACUAGGAAUAGACCAUAGAGUCCCACCGGAGGACCUAUAUAGACCAUAUUAAUCAAAUCUGCAAAUAUUCAGAUCCCCAAAAGCUAAACCCACAAAUGUAGAAGGUUGACUGUAGUCUGCUUUCCAGAUGACAAGGAUGCUGAAUCUAACUUCUUUUCUUUGUGGCUCUCCAGCGAUGGCUUUCCUCCACUUCUACCAGGAUUCAUACUGCCACCAUUAACACACAACAGGAUCUCUUCCCUAUAAGACAUGCUGCUAUUUUUGUCCCCUUGCCUGCUUUCAUUAACUGGAAGCAAAACCUAAUCAAUAUUAAAAAUUCUGUUUACUGUGACUUUCUGUUAAUUUCAACCAGAUUCCAGUAAAAAUAAACCACUUGACAUUAAACAGAGUGUUCUAACAACUAAGAAGAUAAUGCACUGAAUUAAUUCGGUCACAGAAACAAGAAAAGGUGAAAACAUUGUUUUGUGUGAAGUCUGCACUCAUUCGAUAUGUGUAUUUAUAAUGUAGCCAAAGAGCAUGUAGCAGCCAAUCUUUUAAUGAAGUGAGUUUUUGGAGGCCAAGUACUAAGAAGACGCACUUAGCACUACAUGGAUAAUCUACAAAGGGUCAUAUUAUUUUUCACCAUACUAUCACCUGAUGUUCACAUUUUCUUUUCUUUAAAGUAGCGAACAUGCUAUAAAAGCAGCACUUAUUUAUUUAUUUAUUUACAGCAUUUAUAUUCCGCCCUUCUCACCCCAAAGGGGACUCAGGGCGGAUCACAUUACACAUAUAGGCAAACAUUCAAUGCCUUUUUAACACAGAACAAAGACAGACAAACAUAGGCUCCGAGCGGGCCUCGAACUCAUGACCUCCUGGUCAGAGUGAUUCAUUGCAGUGAUUCAUUGCAGUUGCUUAGUGAGGUUCAAUUUAACUGAUCCUAAGGCACCAGAUUUCAUCUGAUCUUGGAGCAGCCCUGGUUAGUCCUUGGAUGGAGGGACUCCAAUGAAAACCAGGCACUGUAGGCUGCAUUACAGUGGAAGGAAUUGGUGAAUCCAUCUCUGAGUAUAUCUUGCCUAAGAAAACCCUAUGAAAUUAAUGGGGUCAACCAGAAGUCAACAGAUGACUUGAAGGCACAUAUACAGAAACAUACAAGAGCAAUAAUUAAAUAUAGUUAGAAAUAAUUAUUUGAUGCUGCUUUUUUCAGGGAGUUCUUGUCCCAAAAGUAAUUAAUUUCCCAAGCGCCCGCUCUCCCUCCCUCCCUCCCUCUCUCUCUCUCUCUCUCUCUCUCUCUCUCUCUCUCUCUCUCUCGCUGUGUGUGUGUGUGUGUGUGUGUGUGUGUGUGUGUGUGUGUGUGUGUAGGUUGUAUCCAGUUGUUCACCCCAACUAGAGUAAUCCCAUUGAAUCACUGGGAAGUUCAUAAUGAGCCUGUAUUUAGAUCCUGUUGAUUAAAUACGUUUAUUGUAGUUGAGACUAAAUGAAUUUCCACCACUGUAAUUAGAGUGAUAGGCUUCUUCUUUUGUUUAUUAACCUAUUUCUAACCUCAGAGAACCUAUGUGUAAUUGUUAUAAACCAUGGUAUUAUAUGUUUAUCUCUAAAGUCAAUCUUUGUGUGGAUAAGGGCAGGGUAAAUCAAAGAUGCAUCCCUUGGGUCUAUGAUAAGGUAGGAUAAAAUGUUAUAAAUAAAUUGAAACAGUCUAUAUAAGGAUGGAUAUAAGGUAAAAGUAAAGGUUUCCCCUUGACAUUAAGUCUAGUCACGUCCAACUCUGAGGUAUGGUGCUCAUCUCCAUUUCUAAGCCAAAGUGCAGGCGUUGUCUGUAGAUGCCCCCUAGGUUGUGUGACCGACAUGACUCCAUGAAGUGUUGUUACCUUCCUGCUAAAGCUAUACCUAUACCUAUUGAUCUGCUUACAUUUGCACGUUUUUGAACUGCUAGGUUGGCAGAAGCUGGGGCUAACAACGGGAGCUCACUGGCUUUCCGGUCAGUAAGUUCUGGAGCUUCGCGGUUUGACCUGCUGCACCAUCACGGUCCCACUAAGGAUGGAUAUAGCUGAGGGAAAAAUGGGCUGAAUUAUUUCUCUACAUGAUAAUUUAUUUGUAAAAAUGAGUCAAGUAGCCUAGUAUAAGAGGAACGUGGGGCAGAAAGGAGCUGAGAAUUUCUGAGAAUUUCAUGGCUAUAUUGUAUAUUAUAGAUGGAUAAGAAGCCUAUUUGGAACUUUCAUAUUAAGAGAUGAAGUUGACCACAAAACAUAUGGCUGAUACGAGGAAUGAGUUGCAGUCACCUCCAUUACUGGGAAUUGUGAUCUUGUUGUUCUGUGAUCUAUUAUAUGGACAAAAAAAUGAAUUAUUUCUGGAUUUAUUAUAGAAAGGAUAAUCUUUUAUUUAACCAUAUCAUUCCUUGCAUUUAAGCUGUCUUUCAGUCUUACUAUCAGUCGCUCAGACUCUGACCUGCCUAGCACAGGUCUUCCCCAGCCAACACUUAUCUGAAUGAUGGGGAAGAAAUAUGACGGGUUUAAACACUUUCUCUUGUGAAAUACUCAUACAGUGUAAUCUCAGCAGAUGUGGUAAAGUGGUUAUUCUUUUGCAACACCUUAGAAAAACUAUACAAUUUCACAUCACGGUUCUGUUUCAUUACCCAUUUUAACAUUUUUUAAAGGAAUACAAUGCAGAAUAAACUUGGUGUAUAAUUAAAGUGACUGGUAUUGAGAGUUUCAACUAACACAAGGUUUUGAAAGUCAGGCUGAAUAUCAAAAUGUAUUUGCCUGAGUUCCUGUAGGCUAUUUCUAUGCUCCAUUUGGUUUCCAUUGUGGUUGUAAUCUCUGUUGCAUAUUGCAUGCAGCAGCGUCUCACUGAGUGAGAGCUACUGAACCAUAUCUUGGGAAGACCUCAUGAAAUAAAAGGUUUCUCCCUAUGCUAUUAUAGGUUGAAUGCUUCUCUCUUAACCUUGUUUUAUGCAACAUUAGAGAAAUAUUCUUAAUAUUACUGAGAUUUCUCUGUAAGUUCUCACUGGAAAGAUCCAAACAAGAAAAGGUUAAUACUUUUCUGUAGUUUUUUUUAAGUAUGGAUGACCACCUCUGAAUAUUCCUUGCCCAAGAAAACCCUGUGAAAUGGAUAAGGUUGCCGUAAAUCAGCAGGUGAUUUCAAAGCUCAUACACACACAUGCAACUAUCAUUGAAUGUGACGACAGUCUCUUAUUAAAAUUUUUCCUGGCACACAGCACAACCUCUAAUUUAAAAAGAGAUAUAACUGCUGAACAGAAAUAGUGCUAAAGUCAUCUUGACCUGUAAAGAGUUAGCACUGAAUUCCCCUGGGAUGAUAUCAAACUAUUAAACACCCUUUUAAUUUUCUUGAUAGCGACUUCUCAUUUUCAUUGUGUGCAGAAAAGGAGGAAGUUGGUUAAGCUGUUCAUGAAGCACCAGUACUUCAUGGCUGGGCAUCCCUUAUCCAGAAAUCCGAAAUAGCCAAAAUUGUCCACAUGGGUGGCUGAGAGAGUAACACAUUGACUUUCUAAUACUUUUUAUUUCAUGCACAAUUUUUAAUGGGGUAUGUAUAUUAGAUGUAGAUUAAACAUAGGGCACUUCUAUACUCACCAUUUAAUGCAGUUCCAAGGCGGCUUGGCAGUGCAGUGAUUAGAUGAAGCAUCCUUCAAUGCAUAUUAAGGGCUUUGAGUCAGAAUGAGCAGAGUUGAGGGAUGCACUGAAAUUGAGCGCAUAAUACGCAUGAGUGCACCUAAGUGUAAACCACAUUGCAUGGUAAAACUGAUUCAGGGCUGAGCACUUUAGCAUUCAUGUGCUUUGUGCUGGGAGGAGGUGAAAAAAAAGAUUCCUCCAUGGCCAUGAAGCUGUGGAUACUGUGGAUGCUGGAAACAGUUAAGAGGCCAGCCUCUGUGGUGUAUAUAAACAACAUCAAGACAUCAAACCAGUUCUAGAGGGAAUCUGUUGCUCCACAUGGUCCACUGCACCGCUUUCCCCAGCACAUGGGGGAAAGCAUUGUCACCUGGCUUCCCUCGGUUCUUUCCUAUGGAACACGGGAAGCCUCCCAUGUUUCCAGGGAAAUAUCCUAGCACACUACCAGGAUGCUUCUCUACGGAGCCCUGCCAGAAGUAGCAUUACAUUGUGUGAUGUCGUCCAGAGGGCUCCGCCAAGGAAGCAUCCUGGCAGCAUGCUAGAACGCUUCCCAAUCUCCGUGUGAUCAAGUGGUAAGUUGUAUUAAAACCAAAUACUGAAUUAAAACUAUCUAAAAGAAUUCAAAAUAGGUAGGCACAGCUCCCCUUACAAACCAGCCUGGACACUCCGGUCAACGGAAGAGGCCCUGCUCUCGGUCCCACCCCCAUCUCAAGUAUGGCUGGUGGGAACGAGAUAGAGAGCCUUCUCCAUGGUCACCCCCCCACCACCACCACCACCACCACCUCUGGAACUCCCUCCCUAAAGAAAUAAAGCUGGCCCUCUUCUUUCUCUUCUUCAAAAAACAACUGAAGACCUACUUAUGCUCACUAGCAUAUGGAGAGGAGGAGGAUUAGAUAAUGAGAGAUCACUACUGGGCCCCUGGCUGAGAACUAUAUCGUAUUUGAACCUUCCUAGUCCAAAAGGUCCCAGGUUCAAAUCCCGGAUGCGGAAUGAGUGCCCACUGUUAGCCCAAGCUCCUGCCAACCUAGCAGUUCGAAAACAUGCAAAUGUGAGUAGAUCAAUAGGUACCGCUCCGGCGGGAACAUAACAGCGCUCCAUGCAGUCAUGCUGGCCACAAGACCUUGGAGGUGUCUAUGGACAACGCCAGCUCUUCAGCUUAGAAAUGGUGAUGAACACCAACCCCCAGAGUCGAACAUGACUGGACUUAACGUCAGGGGAAAACGUUUACCUUUACCUAGUCCACGCCAGCCCAGUGACCAUCAUUUGACUACACAACCAACGCACACUGUUUUGUGAACUCUAGUUGGAUGUUGUAAAUUAAUCUGGAUGUCUGUUUGGAUUUUAUGUCAUUAUAUAAUUUCAUUUUAUUAUGUGUAGUUUAAUCUAUUGAUGUUAGGUUUAAUUUACUGAUCUUAGGCUUUAAUUUGAUGUUAAACUUAUGUUAGGUUUUAAUGUUAUUUUCAUAUGCAGGGUUUCUCUGGGAUUUUAUGUCAGUAUUUGUUUUGUUUUAUGGAGGCAUUGAAUGUUUACAGUUAUAUGUUGGAAUCCGUCCUGAGUCCCCUUGGGGAGAUAGGACAGAAUACAAAUAAAGUUCUAUUAUUACUAUUAUUAUUAUUAUUAUUAUUGUUGUUAUUAUUAUUACACAACUGCUAUUGUGAGCCCUAUUGCUCCUCAGUGAAACUUUGGAAUUUUUUCCCUUCAUAUCCCCCCCCCCCAAAAGUGCUUUCUAGCCCCCUAAUAAAUCUGUGUUUAAUGCAUGACUCAAAUCAGUGGCUUCCUGGGUCAUAUUUUUCAUCACUAUUUGAAACAUGCUAAUCAUAUCCACUAUUUACUAUAUUAAGUGGGUGUUAACACUGUACUGCAUAAUUAUUGGUGACUCUUUAAAUAAUGAAGAACUCUCAUUUUUGCUUCACGUAAUCAUUCAUCUUCAUAUAUAUAUAAGUUUUCUUAACAAGUACACAAGGUUUCAAGGACAUAGUUGCCAAGAGCCACUAUGCUGGGCUUGAAAUGGAGCAAGUGAAAGUUAUUUUUACUUUCUUUUCAUUUAUAUUUGGUAAUAACAAAGAUUAUGAUGCAUUUGGUUCACUGCUAGAAAGAUUUAUAUCCCAAUUUCCAGCUUUUAAGAGAGGCUCCGAGGUGGCUUGCUGUUAUAUAUAGUCUGUGCAAGGAUUGUUCCCUGGUGUCAUAGUGUAAAAGAAUAAGAUAACAGGUGGUGGGAAAGUCCUGUGUGUGGCAUUUUGGAAAGCCUGCUCCUCAUCAGAAUACACAAAACUGGCACAGUGGAUCAAAGUCUGAAAAAGUUGCUUAUUGUACUACAGCUCCCAGAAUCACUUAGCCACUGUGACGUGAAUAGGGGAUUCCAUAGUCAAAAAAUAACUUGUCCAAGCUCUGGAACAGACAUAUAAGUAGAUUGGGUUUCUGUGUUGUUUCAAGAGGAGUGAAAUUUAAGGAACACGUUUGGAAUUCCAAAUGGUAAAUUCUUAGGUUAUCAUUAUCAGUUUAGUUACUUAUAUACCACAUUUUUCUAAGGUGUCUUAGAAAAAUUAAAACAGAUAUGGAUGAAAGCAUGUGUAAUGAAAACAUAACACGCUAUUGUUUUAAUGUGAUUUAUACAGUUAAAUCCAUUAAAACCCAAAAAGAUAAAAAUCCCUAGAGUAGCACACUAUUAAAAGCUCUUGCAGUAGAAAUAUUUUAACCUGCCAACUAAAGGACACCAAGGGGGAAUCACGUGCAUAAUCUCUAGGGAGGGAGUUUCAAAGCCUGAGAGAAGAUUCGCUUUUGUGUUCCUACCAGUUAUAGUUGUGUAGGUGGUAGAAGGAAUUUAAAGGCCUUUUAUGAAGAUUUCAGAGCUCAGGUAGGUGCAUUUUGAGUCAGACUCAAUCAAAGCUUUAUUGUACUACUAGCAUAUAUACCUGACAUGGAUUGAGUGUUGGAGUGGCCACUGCCCGUCUGCUUUCUGCUUUCUCACGCUCCAAGAAGACCUCACAAUGUCUUCAUGGCAACACUCUGGUAAUGGUGGACAGGUUCUCUUUGUGGCUAUUUCUUUCUUUCUACCAUUUCCUUCAUGUACCUUCCCCAUUUUUUUCCAUUCUUUUUCUUAUAUUUUUUCUCUCUCCCUUCCCUCUUUCUUCCUUUCUCUUUUCUUCUUUCUCUUUCUUUCAAUUCCCUCCAUAAUAAUAAUAAUAAUAAUAAUAAUAAUAAUAAUAAUAAUAAUAAUAAUAAUAAUAAUAAUAAUAAUAAAGGUAAAGGUUUCCCCUGACGUUAAGUCCACUCAUGUCUGACUCUGGGGGUUGGUGCUCAUCUCCAUUUCUAAGCCGAAGAGCUGGCGUUGUCCGUAGACACCUCCAAGGUCAUGUGGCCAGCAUGACUGCAUGGAGUGUCGUUACCUUCCCGCCGGAGCGGUACCUAUUGAUCUACUCACAUUGGCAUGUUUUCGAACUGCUAGGUUGGCAGGAGCUGGAGCUAACAGCAGCCACUCAUGCCGCUCCCGGGGUUUGAACCUGGGACCUUUCGGUCUGCAAGUUCAGCAGCUCAGCGCUUUAACACACUUUGCCAUUGGGGCUCAAUAAUAAUAAUACUUUAUUUGUAUUCCGCCCUAUCUCCCCGAGGGGACUCAGGGCGGAUUCCAGCAUACACAAAUACAAAGGCAAGCAUUCAACUCCUAAAAACAAUCAUAACACAGAUAAAGGUAAAGACUUCCCCUUCUGGCUCUGAGGGGUGGUGCUCAUCUCCAUUUCUAAGCCAAAGAGCCUGCAGUAUUUGUAAACACCUCCUAUAUCAUGUUGAUCUCCAUUUCUAAGCCAAAGAGCCUGCAUUAUCUGUAGACACCUCCUAGGUCAUGUUCAUCUCCUGCUCUGGUGGGUGGUGUUCAUCUCCAUAUCUAAGUUGAAGAACCAGCAUUGUCCAUAGACACCUCCAAAGUCAUGUGGCUGGCAGAACUGCAUGGAGCACUGUUUUCUUCCUUCCGAGGUGAUAUGUAUUGAUCUAUUCACAUGUUUUCGAACUGCUAAGUUGGUAGAAGUUGGGGCUAAAAGUGGGAGCUCACCCCAUCCCUCAGAUUUGAACUGCCAACCUCCUGGCCAGCAAGUUCAGCAACUCAGCAGUUUAACUCAUUGAAACUCGGCCCCUCCUUCCUUUUUAUCUUCCCUCCCCCUCAUACUCAUGUCACCUUUCAUUUCCCAGUGACAUCACAGAGGACCUCGUCAUCUAGAAACAGCCUUUGUAGUACAAACAAACAAAUAUACAUGCAUACUUUGACUUUUAUAUAUUGGUAUAGAUAAGUGUUAUAACACAGUGCAACCCUAAUAUCCAUGGAGAAUGCUUUCUUGAAUUUAUCAGGAGACCAUGGAUAAUAGUGUACCCUAUUGAAAUGAAUGGCUUCCAUUAGAGGUUGCGAUCGAAUCCUGCUGGAGGAUACAGAAAAUCCCUAGGAGGUUUUCCCUACAGGAGUAGUUCUCAACCUGUGGGUCCCCAGGUGUUUUGGCCUACAACUCCCAGAAAUCCCAGCCAGUUUACCAGCUGUUAGGAUUUCUGGGAGUUAAAGGCCAAAACAUCUAGGGACCCACAGGUUGAGAACCACUGCCCUACAGGAAUUUGCUAGGUCCUCCAGCAUGACUUCCAGCAGAAGCAUAUCAUAGAAGUGUCUGGAGGACCUACAGACUUUCUAGAGAGGACCCAUUUUAUCAGAUGCAAUUAGAUCAUACUGCAGUGUCAUCCCACAGUACAGGGGUCAUACUAUGAUAAUAGUAGUUGCAGUAGUAGCAACAACAAGAAUGGCGAUUUAUAACACUCUUUUUACCAAAGAGUUGAAUAUAUACAAUCAAAAACAAAGCAUAACACUAUGAACACAGUCCAUUAGAAUUCAGUGUACUGUGAAUUAAAUUGAUUCAUACCCAUAUAUACUGUGGAUGAAAUUUCUCUGCCCAGGCUCUUGAUUGUGACUCCUUGUGGGCUGUAAUUUUGACAUUUUCUUCCACUGUUAGCUUUGCUUAGAAAGGUUGCUUUCUUCAGCUCAGCUGUCAGCACAGCUGACCUGGUGAAUGAAUAAAAUUGCAAGGUUAAAUAGAAAGAAAAAGCUGUAAGAAUGCAAUCUGCCUGUAGAUAGUAGGAGUUAACUUACACACUGAGAAUGGAGCAACUCUAUAAAAACAUCUCUGCAAGAGACUUUACUGUUUUAUAAAGAAUUCUAGCCUACAUUCCUUCUAUGAAGCUGAAAAGAAAAUUUAUUUAGUUCCCAGUCAUGCACACCUGCAACGAGAUGUACAAGGUGCACCAGAGCUGGAUAAAUGCUUCAAAGAGGUGCUCGGAAAGUGGGGUCAUGAAAGAAGUAAGAAAUUGAUUAUCCCAUUGAAGUUAAAACAUCGUGUACAAUGCCAUGCUGGAACUGGUCUUGCAUAUGUGUUUCUAGUGUUUUAAAUUGCCAAUCAAAUCAAUUCAGAUAGGCCUAUUUUCUGCCACUUCCUAUGAAGAUGUUAAAAUUCAAAAGAAAUUCCCCUGUGUUCAUUUGCAAGCCUGUAUGCAAAAUUGAUCUCUUUAGGGAGAGUAAUAUUUGUGGCAGCUCUUCUGGAUUUCAAACCUUUUUUGUAACAUUAAAGUCUGCAUUUCAGCUGCAUUUAGUGACUGAAUAAUUGGGCAUACGACUGGGGGGAAAUGGAGCUGAAACCACUAGAAAAGUCAGGAGAAAAAAUACUUUCUUAAUAGGAAAGUGGUGAUGUGCUGUAAAGUUUUCUGAAUUUUUUUGUAACUUGUUUCCAGUUAGUGCAGAAAUAUCAUUCUAUAUUAAAAUGAGAUGGCUGUGGUCCUUGCUAACAGUAGAAUCGGUUUGUCUGCUGCUCCUGUUAGAAAAAUAAGUGAAAUGGAUUAAAAACAUUUCCCCCCUUUCAGUUUUUUGGCAUCUAUAAUUAAGAAUCUAAGACACAUCCAUAAGGUGGGAAUUGCAAUAUUUUUUCAUAGGGCUUAACACAUUGUCACAGAUUUAAUGUGGGGUGUUAAAUAUUUGAUGCAAUAAGUUAGAAAAACAGUCUUGAAUGGCUAAGCAUUGGAUAACAACAACAACAACAACAACAACAACAACAACAACUUUAUUUUUGUAUCCCGCCUCCAUCUCUCAACGGGGACUCGGAGCAGCUUACAUAGGGAACGAGCCCACUCUACAUCAUAACAUUGUAAAAUCAAGAAUAAAAACAUACAUCAUUACAAUAGAACAUAAUAAUCAACAAAAUUUAAAAUAACAUAGAUAUAAAACAUGAGAACAAUCUUGACCUAAUCAUCAGCGAGCCUGUGAAAGGUCCAAUCCCAGGUAAGAAUGCGCAGACUGACGCAACUCUCUUUAAAUUCGGGCAGAUGAAUAAAGUACAUAAGUCAGCAUAAAGUGCGUGGGGUGGGCGAACUAGGAUGGGGAAAUGAACUAGGGAUGGAGAACAAUAGUAAAGUGCCAGGGCAAAUUUCCUUAAUGGGAGCCAGAUUAAUGGGAUAUCCUUUAUUUAGCCCCAUUCAGCGUUUGCUUUCGUUUAUAUCCAGUGUGAUAUUGUAGUUAGAGUAAUGGUUCCAAACCUGUGGUAAGUGGAUCACCAUUGGUCCCCAAGAACUAAAAUAUGGUCUGUUACCAUUACUACACUGUUGCAACGAGAGAAACUUGCCUCACGAAACACUCUUAUAAUGCCGAGGCAACAAGGAUGUCGGGAAGGGAGAGGCUGACUACCCAUGAAAGGCGUGACAGCAAGCCUCCUGGCUGCUGCUUCUCCUCCUCCUCCCUCCCCUCUGAGCGGAGCCACCCAUGUGGCACCUGGAAGCAGGGGCGCCUUGGUGUCUUCGUUUUUAAGUUUGUUCCUGGUGUUAUUUGGGCUGCUGAUUCAGAAAAUUGUAUUGGAUAGACCGAAAGGUCCCAGUUUCAAACCCCGGGAGCGGCAUGAGCGGCUGCUAUUAGCUCCAGCUCCUACCAACCUAGCGGUUCGAAAACAUGCCAAUGUGAGUAGAUCAAUAGGUACCGUUCUGGCGGGAAGGUAACAGCGCUCCAUGCAGUCAUGCCGGCCACAUGACCUUGGAGGUGUCUACGGACAACACCGGCUCUUCGGCUUAGAAAUGGAGAUGAGCACCAACCUCCAGAGUCAGACAUGACUGGACUUAACAUCAGGGGAAACCUUUACCUUUUUAGACAGCUUUCUGUGGCCAAGCAGAUGGUGACUACUGGAUGGCAUAAGUUCUGUUUAACAAACUAGAGCUGAUGUGGUCUCUUUAAUGCAGUUUUUUGAAUCAGCAUCCCAAAUAACCUAAACGAAUCUAAAGUUGACCAAAAACUGAUUUGUAGCCCUUUUGGUACUAAUGUUGGAGAGUGGUCCCUGGUCAGAGUGGUCCCUGGUCAAAAAAAAAAUUGAGAACCACUGGGUUAGAGCAUUGGACUGGGACUAGGAACAUCACUGUUUAUGGAGCCAUGAUAAUCACAUGGUGACUUUUUGGGCUCUCUCUCUCUCCCCCCCCCCCCCCCCCAAAGUGAUCUUAUAAAGUUCUUGGAAAACCACAAAGGCUUUCCUGAGAUCAUUGCGGGAAACACAGAAAGUAAUAUAUAAAAAUAACAUGUGCUGCCAUGGACUUAUGAUGAUGUUUGCUCGCUCUUCCUUUGCCAUGGAUUAAAACCACCCAUGCAUAGUUGGAUUUGGCUGAGCACUUUGUAUAUUUACUCAUCCGUGUUUCUAUUCAUUUUACAUGUGCUGUUGUGGACAGAAGGGGAUUAUUUCAGUGAAUACCAUGGCAGCUUUGUCAAUUUGACCUUCUGGUCACUUUGAGACAAUUAUCACUUUUCCCUUGCUCUUGUAAGAACAGCUUUCCUUCAUUACAAAGCCCUGUGUCUUUGCAGAGGGGGGGAAUGCAGUGUACAUAUCAUGCAUUAGCUGUGGUUUGUGUUACGGUUUCCAAAUCCACUGUAUGGUUUUUGUUUAUUAAACCAGAGCUAUUAAACCAAUGCAAUUAUUCUACAUGGGGAAUAUCCCACAAAAGUUGUUUUGAGAAACAUUUGUAUGAAAACUAGGUAUCUCUCAAUAUAUCUGUCUUCUCAAUAAAUGUAGUAUUUCUGCAUAAUCUCUUUCCCCCCAAAAUUGUGAUGGCAUUUGAUACUUAGAUAAUGUUAAUGUUGGGAUCAUUAAUUAAUUGACUAUUUUCCUUUUACACCCUUAGUCCUUCUAUUUCUUUUAGGUUUGUUUAAAAAAAUAUUUUCAUUGUUCAGUAUCUAUUUACACUUUUCUUAUUGAAUAAACCCUUUUUUUAUUUUCUAAUGCUGGGAAGUGAAGGCAGCAUAGGAAUAUUUAUAGACCCUAUUAAUGUCUGCACUUGCAAUGCAGUCAUUUGUUACUCUACGAAUUAAAUCUGCCGUGCCUUUAAUAGAAAUUACUUUUGUGGCCUUACAGCAGAAGAUAUCCAGUUUGAUUGCCUGUUCUUUAUGGGGAUGUUUCAUUAGCAGAGUUUUACAAAUAAUACUUGGGCAUCUAAUAAGUACAAAUUACAGUAGUCAGUCACAGCAGUCAUAUUAUGAUUUGGGAGAUUGAUAACCAGGAUGCCUGCUGAUUAGAAUGAUUAGAAUAAAAGAAAUUAGAUAGACAUUCCCUAACUGUAGUUAUACUUUUUUGCAUUUUAUGCUUUGCCACAAAUUACGGCUCUUGACACUUUAAGCAUUUUUGGCCCAACUAACAUCAGUGAGAGCCUGUGGGCUUACUGGCAGCUGCAAACUUCAUGCCAAUUUAAUUACCCACAAUGCCCCGAUGUAUGAUUUGCUGCAGGGAAUGGUGGGAAAUUCAAAAAUGAUUGGUGAUGCACAGCUGUCUGCCAUUGUGAUUUGAUGGCUUUGCUGUAGCCCUGGCAGCUGCCUGGAUAUGCUUAGUCCAGUGUGAGUAAAGGAUACAAAACAGCAGCAAAACAUUAAAGGAUCCCUGGGUAGCACCAAUUCCACUAAUAUCAACACCCAGAUCCCAAAGCUAGUCCUUUUUGAAGUUAAUGCUGUGUAGUUAAACAAAGAAAUAAGUAUUAUGCAAAGCAGUCAGCUAGAAACUGUAUACAGGCUCCUCCUACCUUUUGAUGCCUUGUUUUUGGGUGAAUCACUCUUUCAAUAUUUGUAAAUUACAGACAAGAGGGAUCCACACUUUGGUCAGUUAUUGUUGCCUAAGAGGAUCGCUUGGGAUUGCACAGUCCCAGGGCUUGCAAUUGGAAAGAGUGGACACCUCCCUGAAUAAUGUUUGAAUACAGGCAAAAGCCUUUUAAACUUUAUCACACAUUCAAACGUGAUUUAUAGUAUUUUGUUUACAUUUUUCAGGGGACAAAGCACAUUUGCAAGUUAAAAGGAUCCAGGUUCUACUUUUUAACCAAUUCUACUUUCUGACAGCCUUACGCAGUGCCUGACACAGAGCUUUCCAGACAUUUUGUGUUGGUGACAUACCUACCAGUUUUAUUCAUGCAUCAUUUUGUGACACGAUAAUUCAGUUUUCUUAGCAAACGGAAGUUAAACCAAACCUUCAUAAGUAAUACGGACACAAACUGUAAUAACAAAAUGUGUGAAAACCUUUCAUUUAUAUUUUGAUAAACGUAUGAUUUAUUACUUACUUCAUAUAGACUCAGAGGUUUCUCAUCAUAUUCACUCGACGCAGGUCCACAAUGCAGCCAACACACUAAUGUGUUGUGACACACAGUUUGGAAAGCUCUGCCCUUGUCCCAUCAGAUUGGUGGAGGUUUCCUGUAUAAAUACAAAGAUUAGUCAACAGCAACUUUGUCUUUUUCUCAUCUUAAUAAUAAUAAUCAUGAUUUUUAUACCCCACCCCAUCUCUCCGGAAGGACUCAGGGCAGUUUACAACCUUUCUCCCUGCCAUUUCAUGACCAGUUGCCCUAUAGAAAGCUAUAGUAUUUUUUCAUCUGCACCAUGAGAUGUAGAGCUAACCUUAAGAAAUGGGGCUACAAAGUGAAGUCAACAACAUACGAGUGUGGAGAAAAGUUAAUCACAGACCACUUACUACAAUGCAGUCUGAGCUCUACCACAUGCACAAUGGAGGGCCUUCUCACAGUGACACCAGAGGCACUCCAAGUGGCCAGCUUCUGGUCAAAGAAAAUUUAGUACAAUGUCAAACUUGAUUUGUGGUUUUUCUAUACAUUAUAACUGUAUUCUCAAAUUGCUUCUGACAGGAUAAAUUAAUAAAACCUGAACAUUCCUUCUGACUUCCUAAAAGAAAAUAGCUGUUAUGUUUCACACCAGAACCAGCAGUGUUGCCUUUUGUUGAAAAUGCAUAAUAAUUCGGUAUAUUCAUGUGAAGUUCUGGCACUGGUUUGGCUACACCAAGUCUGAACAACCUUAACGACAGCUCCAUAAUAAAAUCCAGCUUGUCAAAAGGCAAACCACUAGGCUUUCCUCAAGUGCUUGAAUUUGAUGUAACAUUAAAUCAUAACUCACUGUUGUGAGAACAAGUACAAGGCAAAGUGGAUGCAAUUUUUAGAUUGUACUUUAUUCACACACACACACACACACACUUGUUUUGCUAUCUAGGGGUCUGAGACUGAUUGUAUAUAGCCAUCAUGAUAACAAAAAUACAAGGCAUUCCAGACUAACUUAUUUGUUGUUCUGAAAGUGUCCUCCCCUUCCUAAAGAAUAUUUUUGGAGUCCUAAAAUUGGCACUCCGAAUAAAUACUGUUAAUUAAACAACUUUUAAAUUUGCAUGCAUUGUUCUGAUUACAAUAUUAUUUAUUUUGCAUAUUUAUAAAAUUAACUAUUUGGUGAAAUAUUAGAAGAGAAAUGACAAGGAGCAGAACAGGAACAAAGUGAGUCAAAACAGAACAAGAAUAAGAGGAUGGAAAAUAUACAUGAUGUAAUGGGGGUGAAUAGAAAGCUAGUGUGGUAAUUUUGGACUUGAAUUCCCAGAGAUCAGAGUUCAAACUCCCACUUGAGCUUGGAAUCUCACUGGGUGACUUUGAGCAAGCCAUACCUUCUCAGCCUCAGAGGAAGACUGUAGCUAACCCCCCCCCCCCAAUGUGUUGGAAAUGACAUGAAGGCACACAGUAAAAACAAAGGUGAUUUGAUGUGUGUGUGCGUGUGUGUGUGUGUAUGUAUGUAUAAAUGGGACUCGUGAAACGAAGUUGAAAACAAGUUGUUUCUCUCAGUUUUGAAGGCCAUAUACUUUAUGGAUAAGCUGUUUUAUAUCCACCAGUCUCGUUGAUCCUGUCCCCAGCCCAUCAAUGUCCACUGAGCAUGCUUAUGUCCCAUGGCUACUACUUAUGAUUGUCGAAGACUUUCAUAGCUGGAAUCACAGGGUUGUUGUGUGUUUUCUGGGCUGUAUGGCCAUGUUCCAGAAACCUACCUAUGGCUUUCACCUACUCAGCUAAAAAACCUCUUUAACAUAUAGAUCGUUCAUUUUGACUAUAUAAAGAUCCAUGUUCAGAAAAUAUGUUCACUACAAUAUUUAUAACAAUGUUGGACAUGCAUUGCUUUAUUUAUUCUGAGUCAGUAAAGGUCAUUAUUUUUCUUUGCACAACCGUGAAAACUAGAACUAAUUAUGUACUUCAGAUCCAUUGAGUUCAUUAUUUAGACCAGUGUAAAAUGCAUUCAGAUAGUGUUAAUUAAGAAUUACUUAGUAUGAUUGGCUAUCCAUAAAGUGAAGAUUGGCUUGCAUUACAAAUAGAAAUGUGAAUGGACAAAAUUGAAUUUUGCAUUGAAUUUUUUUAUCAUAGUUAGAAUAGUAUAAAUAGGAAUAGUACUUAGCUUAAUAUACCAAAGCCUUAUAGCAGACUUAUAGAGCUGUUACACUUGAAUAAAUUGUGCUCAUCCUGUCCUGAGCAGGCAUGAGCAACAUUAGGUAUAGUAUAUUCCUAUAGCUUCCUAAGUAAGGGACUUGACACCUGUAUACUAUGAAAAAGGGGUCCCAACAUCAGAAGACAGGGAUAGCCCUAUGACAAAGUCUCCUUUAUUUACAAACUCUAAUGACAGCAAACCUAUGCACUGAUUUUAAAAGUCUACCCCCUAGUGGUUGAAGCUGGUACUUCAAACAUGAGCACAUCAGUAUCAAUUAUUGCUAAGUCUGUGGAGCAGUCUCACCACAUUCCCUUUAAUAAACAUGCCAGUUUUCAGGCACCUUAGUUUAAUGAAAGUAUGGGACGCACAACAUACAAAAACAGACACAUGUUACUUUGAUUCCUAUAGCUUAUGAAUGUAAACAAAUUGGUUUUAGCAGCACUAAGCAUAUUGUUGCAACAGUCUGUAUUUAUUUUAUGUUCUUCAUAAUGUCCUAGUUCUAAAUUAGUGGUUCUCAACCUGUGGGUCCCCAGGUGUUUUGACCUACAACUCCCAGAAAUCCCAACCAGUUUACCAGCUGUUAGGAUUUCUGAGAGUUGAAGGCCAAAAUAUCUGGGGACCCACAGGUUGAGAACUACUGCUCUAAAUGAAUGCUCCCUGGUAGGAUCUGCAGUAAAUACUAGCAUAGAAGGAACCUAGGGAUAGGAAACAAUGAGUAGUGUUGGGGCAAGAUAUGACUGGGUCUACACAUGACAUAUCUUAAGCAGGCAUUUAGACAGCAAAAUACACAGCCCUAACUUGCAUAGAGUGUGGUUAUGGGUGGUGGAAAUUACAACACAACUUCUCAAAACCCAUGAAUGGCCCACACUUGCCUCACUGGAUGCUGUUGUGGCUUAAUGCACUUUAGCAACAACUGAUUACAAUUAAAAUAUUACCUAAUUUGCAGGUUGUCUGUCUGCUGCAUCUCUAAGACUAAAAGUAUCACAUUUUUCCUGAACAGACUUGCUCUGAUAGCAUACCAAAUCCUACUGGGCAACAAGGUGGUAGAUAUUUUCAAUGCCAAUAAAAUACAAUUCUAAAAUGGUGCUAGAGUCUUUUUCCAAAGUAAUUCUUCUGGAAGAAAAGAUGUACAAAAACAUAUAUUAUUUAUUAAAUUUCUUCCAAUAGUUAACUAAAAUGGUCCUUGAAUGUAAAAGGUGUUUUUACUAACUAAUAUUAACACGGCAUAAAACUGACUGCAGAUGAUGGAUAAAUGUCUUCAAAUUGUAAUUUAUUGGCUUUUUUCUUCGUGUAAAUGUGAACUUUGCUUCUUAUCCUCUUUUUUACCAUAAUUAAACAUUUAAAUCUGUAAUUGCAUGGUUAAACUCAGAAAAACAUCUGUUAAUAACACAAGUGCAAAAUGUUCCUGUUUAGUUACAGUCUCUUUUAUGUACAGCUGUGGUUCUGUGGCUGCUAUCACGUAUUAUGAAAUGAAAUGGGCUAGGAUGAGAGAUUUCUGCAUGAAUUUUGUGGAGCAGGAGAGCAGCUGCUCCAAUUGAUAUGGGGUUACUAUACAGCCAGGCAGAGAUAUGUGACGCCAUGGUUUUUUGGGAAGAAAACUAGGGUAACGGCAGAGUUUCUCCACCUGCCAUAAAGGUUUGCUUUCCCCAUUUAUCAGAGAUAUUCAGAAGAAAAAAGAACAUAUUAGAAGACAGAACAAAAACUUGAAAAGUUACUUUAAAAGUAAUUAGUAGUUAUUCUUUUAAAAAUAAACUACUGAUUUUCAGAAGUAACUUAGAUUGUUUCUUUAUAGUUACGGUAUUUCUUUAAAUCCCUGGAUGUGGCAGGCACCUGUGCUAUGAUAUAAAUGUGUCAACACUCACAACAAAACACAUUGAUUCCUUUCCUUCUCCUCUCUCUUCUUCCUCUUCUUCAUUAUCAUCAUCAUCCUCUUCUUCAUCCUUCAUUUCCUCCUCCUCUUCUUCCUCCUUCCUAACCUGCUUCUCCCUUUGGAUUUAGUGAGACCUUGAAGAUGUAAUAUAGAUAGAUGUCACAUCUGUGAACGCGGGAACUCGAAGAUACUUCAUUGUUAACAGCCCUAGUAAGGUCUUGCACACUCAGGGAGAUAGCUUUCUUGAUUGAGUCUCCCCACCUUCAAUACCGUUCUCCUCUUUCCUAUUGCCUUUCAGUUUAUCAAGGAUUAUUGGCUUUUUAAAAUGAGUCAUAUAACCUCAUGAUAUGUCCACAUGACAACAGUCUCAUUUUAUCCUUUUGUUCAGAGUUCAGGCAUAAUUUGCUCAAGAACACAUCUAGUAAUUCAUCUAUAGUGAAUUCUAUCUAUAGGGUGGAAGUCUUCUUUUCAGCAUCCACAUUUCAAAUGGGUUUAUUCUCAUCCUGUUAUUUUUCUGCACUACCUAUAUUUCACAACCAUGGAGAAAAACUGAGAAUACUAUGGCGUAUGUCAGCAUUUCUCAACCUGGGGGUCAGGACCCCUGGCAGGAUCGGGAGGAGGGUGUCAGAUGGGUCACCAAAGACCAGUAUUUUCUGUUGGUCAUGGUUCUGUGUGGGAAGUUUGCCCCAAUUCUAUCGUUGGUGGGGUUCAAGGGGCUCUGAUUGUAGGUAAACUAUAAAUCCCAGCAACUAUAACUCCCAAAUGUUAAGGUCUAUUUUCCUCAAACUCCACCAGUGUUCAAAUUUGGGCAUGUUGAGUAUUUGUGCCAAGUUUGGUCCUGAUCCGUCAUUGUUUGAGUCCUCAGUGCUCUCUGGUUUAGGUGAACUACAACUCCAAAACUCAAGGUCAGUGCUCACCAAACACUUCCAGUAUGGGAGUUCUGUGUGCCAAGUUUGGUUCAUUGGUAAAGUUCAGAAUGCUCUUUGAUUGUAGGUGAACUAUAAAUCCCAGCAACUACAACUCCCAAAUGACAAAAUCAACCCCCCCCCCUUCCAACCCCAUCAGUAUUCAAAUUUGGGCGUACCAAGUAUUUUUUGCCAAAUUUGGUUCAGUGAAUGAAAAUACACCCUGCAUAUCAUAUAUUUACAUUAAAAUUGAUAACGGUAGCAAAAUUACAGUUAGGAAGUAGCAACAAAAAUAAUUUCAUGGUUGGGAGUCACCACAACACGAGGAACUGUAUCAAGAGGCCGUGGCAUUAGGAAGGUUGUGAACUACUGGCAUAUAUGAUCUGUGUUUUGUCUUCAGUUAUGUAACUCAAUACUCCAAAAUCUUACCUCAUUUCUUCACAGCUGCCAGUCUUCUGCUUUCUUGAGAACAAUCUUCAUUUUGAUUUAUUAGUGAGCCAACAUAUAGAAAAACAUGCUCCUAGCUUUUACCCUCAACCUAUCCAUGGGUCAUGGCAAAAUCCAAUGUCGCAGCCCCAAAACCUGCCUUCAUAUUGUAUAUGAGAUCAACCUAUACAUGGAUAUAUAUGGUAAUUCAAUUUGUAAGGAAGUUUUAAACUCCCUGUACAUCUGUCUAAAGUAAAUUCAAGUCUAGUUUAACAGGUAUUCCUGCAUUUAUUUAUUUAGCAUCCUGUCUCUGCCAAUUUGUUGCCAGUGAUCACACUAAGCAAACAGUCAUCACCGACUUCUGUACACUUCUCCAGAAAUUUAUCAUACCUCAAAUAAUAUUUGCUUUUGAAAUCAUACAGCCCUUCUUCCCUAUAUAAACAUGAUAUUCAAAACAAAAACAAAGACUGGGCUGUAUGGGAUGAGAUCAAAAUUAUUAUGACUAGUUUUAUAAAGUUCUUGUAAGAGUCUGUUGCCCAUUCUUGGUUUUACGGGUAAAUAAGUUUAUCAUCUUUUGCCGUAGAACUGUUUAUCCUUUAAUUGGAAUUCAUUUCAUGUCCAAGCAGCGGUUGGAAAAACAAUUAUGGUGAUCAUUUCCUGCAAACAUUGAAGAAGGCACAUUUUAGCAUUUGAGCUAUCCAAAGCUCACACUUAUAGACACAUUAAUCUUUACACCAUUCUCAUUUUCUAGGAGCAGCAUAUAUUGUAUUGUCUGUUAGGCAGUGAAAAAAUGAUGCUGUCGGUAUUUGGUAACUGCACAGUGGAAGACAUGAAGGCACUCCAAAGGGUGACCACUUCUGCACAGAGGAUCAUUGGUUGCCUUCUCCCCUCUUAGAAUAAUAGAAUCAUAGAGUUGGAAGAGACCUCACGGGCCAUCCAGUCCAACCCCCUGCCAAGAAGCAGGAAAAUCACAUUCAAAACACCCCCAAAAGAUGGCCAUCCAGCCUCUGCUUAAAAGCCUCCAAAGAAGGAGCCUCCACCACAGUCCGGGGAAGAGAGUUCCACUGUCGAACAGCUCUCACAGUGAGGAAGUUCUUCCUAAUGUUCAGAUGGAAUCUUCUUUCCUGUAGUUUGAAGCCAUUGUUCUGUGUCCUAGUCUCCAGGGCAGCAGAAAACAAGCUUGCUCCCUCCUCUCUAUGACUUCCCCUCACGUAUUUAUACAUGGCUAUCAUGUCUCCGCUCAGCCUUCUCUUCUGCAGACUAAACAUGCCCAGCUCUUUAAGCCGCUCCUCAUGGGGCUUGUUCUCCAGACCUUUAAUCAUUUUAGUCACCCUCCUCUGGACACUUUCCAGCUUGUCAACAUCUCCCUUCAAUUGCAGUUCCUAGUAUUGGACACAGUGUGAUUCCUGGUGUGGUCUGACCAAGGCAGAAUAGAAGGGUAGCAUAACUUCCCUGGAUCUAGACACUAUACUCUUAUUUAUGCAGGUCAAAAUCACAUUGGCUUUUUUUUUUUUGCUGCUGCAUCAUAUUGUAGGCUCAUGUUUAACUUGUUGUCUAUGAGGACUCCAAGAUCUUUUUCACACAUACUGCUGUUGAGCCAUGCACCCCCCCCCCCCCAAUUCUGUAUCUUUGCAUUUCAUUUUUUUCUGCCUAAGUGGAGUAUCUUGCAUUUGGGUUGUUGUAUGUCUUUCGGGCUGUGUGGCCAUGUUCCAGAAGUAUUCUCUCCUGACAUUUAUCUUGCAUUUGUCCCUGUUGAACUUCAUUUUGUUAGUUUCAGCCCAUACACUGUUUUGAAUUCUGCUCCUGUAAAGGAGAACUAUAAAGUUCUUUGGAAGAACUUUAUAGGUCCCACAGCCUUAAGAAAGCUCAGAGCCUUUUGGGGGAUUUAUCUCACCCGGCAUAUUCUCUUUUUGAAUUAUUACCAUCUGGCAAAUGGUACAGGGUGACGAAGACAAGGACAAACAGCCUGAGAGGUAGCUUUUGUCCAAGAGCUGUGACUAUGUUGAACUCCAUGGUUUUGCAUUGAUGUGGCAUUGGGGGUUGUAUGGUGGUAACUGGGGUAUGGAGGGAUGGGUAUGUAGUUUUGUGACGGGUGCUGGGGAGGUCAUUUAAUUUCGUUGUGCAAUAGCACAGUAACAAUAAAGCUAUUCUAUUCUAUUAUAGAUACCCAGCAGAAUACUAAGGCACCAUCAAAGAAGAGAGUCAGUGUGGUGAAAUGGUGUAAACAUUGGGCCACAACUCUGGAGUCCAGAGUUAAGAUCCCUUCUUGACCAUGGAAACCCACUGAGUGACCUUGAGCAAGUCACGCUCUCUCAGUUAAGGCUAGAGUGUAACAUCAUUAUGGCAAAGGAUGGGGGAGCAGAACAAAUAUGACAGGGUAGGCACCAUAAACAUAGUUUCCUUAGCUGGAUGGAAUAAAACUGACACAUUUCCAAAUAAAGAUGCUUCCAAAGCAUGAAACAUGGGUGUUGGCCGCAAUGGACAUUAUAGGUCUUACUUCCAGGUAAAUGCGCCUAAAAUUGAACUGACAGAUGUAAAAUUAACAGAGAUCUGAAUAGCAGACAGCUGGACAGAAUGUAGCAUGGGCUGCUAUCCCAAGAACUUACAUUGACUUUGUUGGUUUAUUAAUUUUAAAUCUCACCAUGCAGUGGGAUUUUGAGGGUUGUCUAGGAUCCAAAUCAGCUUUAGAAACAGUAACAUGUCAUUGAAGAAGUGGGGUUUACCUCUAACCCCCCUCCCCCUCCCAGUCAGCACUAGCCAUCAAUUCCCUGACAUAUUGCUGAUAAGAACAUCAGUGAAGAAAAGCAAAAAGAAAGGGAUAGUGGCUUGUUGAAAAAAAUGGAAAUAGAACCUAUCUUGACCUGAACACUUGAAUCAUAGAAUCAUAGAAUAGUAGAGUUGGAAGAGACCUCAUGGGCCAUCUAAUCCAACCCCCCGCUAAGAAGCAGGAAAUCGCAUUCAAAGCACCCCCAACAGAUGGCCAUCCAGCCUUGGUUAAAAAUUACACUGCCUCAUCAACAUAACAAUGCUUUGAAGAUGCUUUGAGUCUCCUUGUCGAGAGAAAAAGUGGGAUAUAAAUAAAAAUGAUGAUGAUGAUGAUGAUGAUAAGAAAAAGAAGUCUAUAUAAAAAAUAGUGAGCCAAUGAUGUUUGGGCUAUGAUUGGAAAGUAGAGUGGGCUUUGAUUGGAGAGUAGGGUUUGACUUGUUGGUGGGGUCAUAUACUCUCAGACCCAGAAAAACAUUUGAUAGAUUUGCCUUAGAGUCGUGAUAAGUUGGAAAUGACUUGAAGGCAUUCAGCAAGAACAAGUUAUGGAUAUAUCUUUAUUGCAUUCCAGAUAUUUACACAGAAUGCUUUUCUUCCCCGCAAGUCCUAUUGUGGGUUUGACAGGAAACAGUGUUAUGUCCAACACCAGGAAUAAGGUAGAAGCCUAAAGCUGUACCAAAAUCUCUCCUGCAAUUUCCAAAAAAUAUUAUUGGUGUUUUGAGUUUACCUUAUAAUUGAGAGCUGGCCAAGGAUAUAUUGUGCACACUUCUCACCCUUUUGUAUAUUUUUCCACCAGUUUUUAGCCUUACAGUGUUCCCUCACUUAUCACUGGGGUUAGGUUCCAGGACCGCCCGCAAUAAGUGAAAAUCCGUGAAAUAGGGACACUAUAUUUAUUUUAAUAUUUAUACAUAAUUUUAGUACCGUGUUUCCCCGAAAAUAAGACAGUGUCUUAUAUUAAUUUUUGCUCCCAAAGAUGCUCUAGGUCUUAUUUUCAGGGGAUGUCUUAUUUUUCCAUGAAGAAGAAUUCACACUUAUUGUUGAACAAAAAAAAUGUACAUUUAUUAUAUACUGUACAAUAAUUGUCAUCACAAACCAACAGAACCAGACAAACUGAAUCCUAUCAAGAAUUUCUUGUUACUACCAUUAUUUCCAUGUACAACACUCUAUCCCGCAUGCUCUGGUGUUCUGUUCAGCAGACAUGCUUCCAAACAAAACCUUUGCUAGGUCUUACUUUCAGGGAAGGCCUUAUAUUUAGCAACUUAGCAAAACUUCUACUAGGUCUUAUUUUCUGAGGAUGUCUUAUUUUAGGGGAAACAGGGUAGUUAUACACUGUUUUCAGUCUUUAUCAACCAAUUGUGUGUUGAUAAAUCACCUCCUUCUCCUCCCGUUGCCGCUUGUGUGCCUUUUCUCUCCCUUUGGCUUCUCCUUCCUCCCUUCCUUAGGCUGUAACUUGUAAUUUUUUUAAUAAACUCUUUUAGAGUUUAUUGAAAAACUGCAACAUAGCGAAUCCGUGAAAAGUGAACAACAAAGUAGUGAGGGAACUGUUAUGAUUGAGCCUCAUGGCUCUGCUACUGGGAAGCGUGGGCGUAAGACUCCUCGAGAGUCAGAUACUCUCGAGGAGCGAGAAAGAAAGAGGCUGCGAGAUAUCUUUGCAGAACCAUCUGACGAGGAUUCUUUUGAGGGGUUUACAGAGAGAAUGGAGGAAGAGGUGGUGAGCUCGGAAGAGGAUGAGAUGGAUUGGACUCGGGUAAGGGAGGAAUUGGGUGCCACUGGCAAUGAUGGGAUGGAAGAUGAUUGGGGACCUUCAGGACUAGACCCAUGGACAAGCUGGAGGGAUGGGACGGGAUCCACAGCUGGGGAUGCUGUGGGGCGUAGUCAGAGGUGUUCCAGCUCUGAUGAGGAAAGUGAUGAGGAAACGCCCGGGUUAAGGAGGGCAGCUGAUAGUGAUGAGGAUUUGUAACUGGCAUAAAAUGGGGUUUGGGAGCAAUUGCAAAUUGCGUUGGGCAAGGUAAUCUGGACGAACGCUUGGGAUCUGUGUGGGACGUUUUCCUGAAGACGGGUGUGUUUCGUGUGCUGACUACGUAAGUUGUUUUGGAAUUUGGGUUCAGACAGCGGGAGGAAUUGUGUGGGCUUUUGUUUGUGCAACCUCUGCUUAAUCUCAAUAUCUUUGACCUUCCGUCGUCUUCUUGACGGACGCCAUCUGCUACUCUGGAUUUACGGACUGAACUGACUACGGGCUCGGAUUCUCCUACCUGGACUUGGUGAACUACAAACGUCUGCUUCUGCCUUACGACCUUCGGAAAGAACUGGGACUACGCUACUGCUUCAAUCCUCGGCUGUUGUGUUUGUAUUGGAACCUCGCCUGCUGUGUGGAGGAGUAACUGCUAAGUUACUCAAAACAUAGUGCUGGCAGCAGAGAAGCAUCUGCUGCCAAUUAGUUACAUUCUUUUGAACUCUUUGUUCACCAGUUUCUGUUUUGUUUAUUCUCAGGCUGAAGCAAGCUGUUUUGAUUUUGUCCGGAUUAAACUCCGGUUUAAUCCGGUUUAUCUUUUGAACGUUUUUCUUGCCCCUUUUUGCUUUUUAAGGCCAGCGUUGCCUAGCCCUUGUCUUUUACGGGCAUUUUGAGUUCUGUAAAUCCAAUAAACUCUGUUAUCUUUGAUCUUGUGGCGUUCUGUCCUUGACAGGAACACUGUACUGGUUAUGAGUACUUCCUAAAAUGUCAAAACCCAAAUUCAGGAUAAAAUAUCUCUUGGCAUCUUCCCCAGGGCAACAACAACAACAACAAUAACAGAAACAGCAAAAUCUCAAAGUCCACAGGCUGCCCAAGAUGAAUUUGUAUAACAAAAGACAUUCAAACACAUUCUUCUGCUCCCCUCUGUUUUAUUGUUUCUGUUUUAUUGACUAUUCUAAAGCCUUUGACUAUGUGGCAAGUUCUUGGUGAUAUGAGGAUACCGAGUCACUUUGUCUUUCUUCUGAGGAAUCUGUAUAAUGACCAAGUAGCAAAGGUAAGAACAGACCACAGUUCUUACUGGUUCAAGAUUGGGAUAGGAAUAUAGCAGGGCUGCGUACUUUCACCCUACCUAUUCAACUUUUAUGCAGAACAUAUCAUGUGACGUGCAGGGCUUGACAAAUCCAAUGCUGGGGACAGUGCAUCACCACCUUCACACUUAUGUAAUCAUGCAAAUGCUCCAUCCCCAAUCGUAGACCAGAAGCAACAGGAAACAUCCUUGGGAGAGUAAUGGGCUCUCGGAUGUAUCUCAAUGGAUUGUCAUUGAUGAAUGCACUGGGGGUGUUGAGGAGGAGGACAACACUUUACACAUGCAUGAUUCACUUCAACAGGAACACUCUUCAGGGGACAUACACACUGUCUUGCACAAAAGGGACCCUGUCAAUCCUCAAAGGAAACAGGUCUUGGUAGUAGGUGACUCCCUCCUUAGAGGAACGUAAGCCAUCAUUUCCAGACCGGAUGGGAUGGCUCGAGAAACAUGCUGCCUCCCGGGGGCAAAAAUACACCAUAUCACUCAGAGGCUCAGCAGGCUCCUAAAGCCCCAUCACCCUCCCCACCUUAUGUUGAUUCAUGUAGGUACCAAUGACACCGCUAGGAAUACUUUUCAAAAGAUCACAAAUGAUUUUCGAGCUCUGGGAACAAAGCUAAAACUGUAUAAUGUACAUGUGAUCUUUUCAUCCCUCCUCCCCGUUGUAGGACAUGGCUCUACAAGGGCCGGAAAAAUAGUACAGGUCAAUAACUGGCUCAGAAAAUGGUGUCAAGAGGAACAUUUUGGCUUCCUUGACCAUGGUCUACUCUUCCAAGAGGAUGGACUACUGGCAAGCGAUGGGGUGCAUCUCACACAAGCAGGAAAACAUCUUUUUGCACACAGACUCACAAACCUCAUCAGGAGCACUUUAAACUAGAUCCACUGGAGGAGGGGAACAACAGCCUGGCGAACACUAUAUUACCCACGACUACAGGGAACCGCCAAAAGGCUUAAUGGAGGACUGCACAAACACAGCAAGGACCAAGUACAGAGAGCACAAUAAUCCCAAAUAAACAGCUCAAGGGGAGGUCACAGGGGCUUACAUGUCUUUACACUAAUGCUCAGAGCAUGGGAAAUAAGCAAGACGAACUCCAACUCUUAGCACAGCACCACACAUACGACGUCAUAGGCAUCACUGAAACCUGGUGGGAUGACUCCCAUCACUGGAAUUUAACCAUUGAGGGCUAUAACCUCUUUCACAGAAAUAGAACAAAGGGGAGAGGAGGGGGAGUAGCUUUAUAUGUCAAAAACAGUUACGUUGCAGAAGAAAUGCCAGACUGUAAUCCGGGAAGCCAGCUUGAAAGCAUCUGGAUAAGAAUCAAGGGAACUCAAAAAGACCUUGUCGUGGGUGUCUACUAUAGACCUCCGAGUCAGGAUGAAGGACUUGAUGAAGCUUUCUGUCAACAGCUGACCAAACAGGCACAAAGAAGAGAUAUAGUAGUCAUGGGCGAUUUCAAUUAUCCCGAUAUCUGCUGGAAAACAAACUCGGCCAAGAGUACAAAGUCCAACAAAUUCCUCACUUGCCUUGCAGACAAUUUUAUGGUCCAGAAGGUAGAAGAGGCAACAAGGGGAUCAGCAACUCUUGAUCUAAUCUUAACAAAUGUGGAAGACCUGAUCAAUACAGUUGAAGUGGUUGGAUCCUUAGGGGCAAGUGACCAUGUGCUCCUGGAGUUUGCAAUACAAAGGAAUGCUGAAACUAAGACAAGUCAAACACGCAUUUUGGACUUUAAGAGAGCUGACUUCCAAAAAAUGAAGGAAUUACUGAGCGGCAUUCCAUGGACGCCAAUAUUAAAAAACAAGGGAGUUAAGGAUGGAUGGGAGUUUUUCAAAAGUGAAAUACUCAAGGCGCAAAUGCAAACAGUGCCAACAAAGAAGAAAAAUAAGACAAAUGCAAAGAAGCCAGAAUGGAUGUCCAAAGAACUAACUGAGCUAAAUCUCAAAAGUGACAUGCACAAGAAGUGGAAAAGGGGAGAAAUCACCAAAGAAGAAUUCAAACGUAUAGCCAACACCUGUAGGGAAAAGGUUUGCAAGGCUAAAGCGCAAAAUGAGCUCAGGCUUGCCAGGGACAUAAAAAACAACAAAAAAGGUUUUUUUGCUUAUGUUGGUAGAAAAAGGAAGAAAAAGGAGGCGAUAGGGCCACUGCAAGGAGAAGAUGGGGUGAUGGUGACUGGGGAUAGGGAAAAGGCAGAACUGCUUAAUGCCUUCUUUGCCUCGGUCUUCUCACAAAAAGAAAGCCCUCUUCAACCUCAGCAACAUGGAAUGGAUGAAGGAUUGGGGGAAAUCUAACCCCAAAUAGGGAAACAAGUUGUCCAGGAACACCUGGCCACUCUAAACGAAUUCAAGUCGCCAGGGCCAGAUCAGCUACAUCCAAGAGUAUUGAAGGAACUAGCGGAAGUUAUUUCAGAGCCACUGGCAAUCAUCUUCGAGAGUUCUUGGAGAACAGUAGAAGUCCCAGCAGAUUGGAGGAGGGCGAAUGUGGUCCCUAUCUUCAAGAAGGGAAAAAAGAACGACCCAAACAAUUACCGUCCGGUCAGCCUCACAUCGAUACCAGGCAAGAUUCUGGAAAAGAUCAUUAAGGAAGUGGUCUGCAAACACUUAGAAACAAAUGCGGUCAUUGCUAAUAGUCAACACGGAUUUACCAAAAACAAGUCAUGCCAGACUAAUCUGAUCUCUUUUUUCGAUAGAGUUACGAGUUGGGUUGAUACAGGGAAUGCUGUGGAUGUAGCCUACCUGGAUUUCAGUAAGGCCUUCGACAAAGUCCCCCACGACCUUCUGGCAAACAAACUAGUUAAAUGUGGGCUAGACAAAACUACGGUUAGGUGGAUCUGUAAUUGGCUAAGCGAACGAACCCAAAGGGUGCUCACCAAUGCGUCGUCUUCAUCAUGGAAAGAAGUGACAAGUAGAGUGCCGCAGGGUUCCAUCCUGGGCCCAGUUCUGUUCAACAUCUUUAUUAACGACUUAGACGAAGGGUUAGAAGGCACGAUCAUCAAGUUUGCAGACGACACCAAACUGGGAUAGCUAACACUCCAGAAGACAGGAGCAGAAAUCAAAACGAUCUUGACAGACUAGAGAAAUGGGCCGAAACUAACAAAAUGAAGUUCAACAGGGACAAAUGCAAGAUACUUCACUUCGGCAGAAAAAAUGGAAAUCAAAGAUACAGAAUGGGGGACGCCUGGCUUGACAGCAGUGUGUGCGAAAAAGACCUUGGAGUCCUCGUGGACAACAAGUUAAACAUGAGCCUACAAUGUGAUGCGGCAGCUAAAAAAGCCAACGGGAUUCUGGCCUGCAUCAAUAGGGGAAUAGCGUCUAGAUCCAGGGAAGUCAUGCUCCCCCUCUAUUCUGCCUUGGUCAGACCACACCUGGAAUACUGUGUCCAAUUUUGGGCACCGCAGUUGAAGGGAGAUGUUGACAAGCUAGAAAGCUUCCAGAGGAGGGAGACUAAAAUGAUUAAGGGUCUGGAGAACAAGCCCUAUGAGGAGCAGCUUAAAGAGCUGGGCAUGUUUAGCCUGCAGAAGAGAAGGCUGAGAGGAGACAUGAUAGCCAUGUACAAAUACGUGAGGGGAAGUCAUAGGGAUGAGGGAGCAAGCUUGUUUUCUGCUGCCCUGCAAACUAGGACAUGGAACAAUGGCUUCAAACUACAGGAAAGGAGAUUCCACCUGAACAUUAGGAAGAACUUCCUCACUGUGAGGGCUGUUCGGCAGUGGAACUCUCUCCCCCAGACUGUGGUGGAGGCUCCUUCUUUGGAAGCUUUUAAGCAGAGGCUGGAUGGCCAUCUGUCGGGGGUACUUUGAAUGCGAUUUCCUGCUUCUUAGCGGGGGGUUGGACUAGAUGGCCCAUGAGGUCUCUUCCAACUCUACUAUUCUAUGAUUCUAUGAUUCUAUGAUUCUAAAUUGCUGUAAGAAACAUUAAUAACCUUAGAUGUGCAGAUGAUACCACUUUGAUGGCUGAAAGUGAGGAGGAGCUGAGAAGCCUUAUUACCACGGUAAAGAAAAAAGUGCAAAAGCUGGGUUGCAGUUAAACAUAAAGAAAACCAAGAUUAUGGCAACCAGGCUGAUUGAUAACUGGCAAAUAGAAGGAGAAAACAUGGAAGUAGUGACAGACUUUGUAUUUCUAGGUGCAAAGAUUACUGCAGACACAGACUGCAACCAGGAAAUCAGAUGUUUACUUCUUGGGAGGAGAGCAAUGACCAAUCUCAAUAAAAUAGUGAAGAGCAGAGACAUCACAUUGGCAACAAAGGUCCGCAUAGUUAAAGCAGUGGUAUUCCCUGUAGUAAACUAUGCGAGAGCUGGACCAUAAGGAAGGCUGAGCAAAGGAAGAUAGAUGCUUUUGAACUGUGGUGUUGGGAGGAAAAUUCUGAGAGUAUCUUUGACCACAAGAAAAUCAAACCAGUCCAUACUCCAGGAAAUAAUGUCCGACUGCUCACUGGAGGGAAGGAUAUUAUAGUCAAAGAUGCAGUACUUUGGCCACAUAAUGAGAAAGCAGAAAAGCUUAGAGAAGAGAAUGAUGCUGGGGAAAAUGGAAGGAAAAAGGAAGAGAGGCCGACCAGGAGCAAGAUGGAUGGAUGGUAUCCUUGAAGUGACUGGCUUGACCUUGAAGGAGCUGGGGGAGGUGACGACCGACAGGGAGCUCUGGCGUGGGCUAGUCCAUGAGGUCAUAAAGAGUCGGAACAACAACUGAACAACAACAAGGCACCAGAAUUUCUCCAGCAUUUUCUUCUUCUUUUCUCCAUGAAGAGUAACUUAUUUUUUAUCAAACUAAGAAUAGUAUCCAUGCGGAUACUCCAAACACCAGCAGAUACCAAAAACCCACUGCAUAUCCCAACAACAUCGCUCUUUACUUCUAAUGAAUAGUAGCAAAAAAUUACUUUCAUUUUACUUUGGUUUACUACCAAUAAAAGGAGGAACAUCCAUAGGUACAUUACUCCUCUUUGUCAUCCAACAGGAUAGGGAUGGUAUAAAUAGCACAUCUGUGCCACAGGAAAUUAUGAGUAGAAGGAAUGAGAGAAGCCAGAGAGUAAGCAUUAUAGUUUUAAAACUAUUUUACCAAACACUAUGGCCACUGAUAUUCACUUGAACUGAAUAGUUUUCAAACCAAUCACCAUUCUUCUGUAAUAGAGAUGAACUCGAGAUAAAUACAUCACAGCUGCCUUUGUAGUUCUUUGUUGUAUUUUGAGAAGAACAAAUAACCCUGUUCCCUGAGCUUUUCAUACAAUCAU